AUGCGAGCAGUGACCAUCCUGGAAAAACUCUCAACAACGCCGCAGCAGCAUCCAGACUGCUGCUGUUCUCUUUCCCUCACCUUGCUCGACAUCUUGAUCGGGGAAUUAUUGCCGUGCCAGCACGCACCGAUCUUCAGCUGCGGAGCGGGGACGGGUCUUCUGGAGCAACUGAUAAUGGACCGAAGCCACGGCAGCAUCGAUAUAUACGGUGUAGAGGUCCCGUCAUGCGUGAACAAAUACUUGUCCGACGAGCGCAUGCUGCGUGUUCACCACGACCGAGAAGUGCAUGAGAGCGCUCUGCGGGCAGCAGUGUUGAUAUUCUGUUAUCCCCGGAGUCUCCUCCUUGUGGAACGAUACCUGUACAGGUACCUCCUGUCCCUCCUCUCCACCACUGUCGUCACUCGGACUCCGACCCUGCAGAAACUGAUCGUGCUGACACACCGCGACGAUUAUCCGAGUCUGCGGGCCCUACUUGUCCCCUUCUUCGACCAGCUCUCCAUCGUGUCCAACAGCGGACUUCCCGACUUUGAGGUCUUGGCCGUAGCGACACACAUGAAGAAGAAAGAAGAAGAAGAAGAAAAAGAAGAAGAAGGUGUUGUUGCUUCCUGA